AUAUUCAGUGUGGCACAUGUCGAUUUCACUUCAUUUGUAAUUUUCGGCGUUUGAUUCUCGUUUUGUCAACUCAUUCGCUUGCAGGACGAGAAACUAUAAGUUUAAUUUAGCUUGUAAUAUUCUGAGUACGGAAAGCAAAGUCAAAUGGAGGAGAAUACGGAGAACUUGGAGGUUCAGGAACUGCGCGUGACGCGGGCUCGCACUCGCAGGAUGUCCUUGCUGGACACAGAUAGUCGGCCAGGAACGCCGCAGCUCGACACUGCAUCAGAUCGGGGUACAGCUUCACCACGCCCAACUCGCCGCACGCGCCUGAACUCGGUCACCUUGGACGUUAGGACUCCGACUCGGUCCACACGUGCCUCGCUGGCCCGCGGCGAAACCCCAGAGCCCACCACUCCCUCCUCCGUGAAGAGGACGGCCCGCACGCCGGCCAAAACCAAAUCAGUACGCCAACAGUUGACGCUCACAGAAGAGGCCGAGGAAACCGAAGUAAAGGAAGUGCAGAAACCAAGCUCGCGAACAAACACGCCAACUGGCGAGAAGAGAGUGACACGCUCCAUGUCUCAGACACCGCCAAGCGUUACCCGACCUUCGUCGCAACCCGAUCUGAACACUUACCCAGAAGACAAACAAAAGCGGGAGGUGGAAAGUGUAGAGAACCCACAUGUGGCGAAGAAGGAAGUGAAGGCGCCAGCGUCAGUAAAAGUGUCUACACCCAAGGUGUCAGUUAGGCUGGAAAAGCUUAAAAUUGAUGAAAAGGGAAGAGAUGACAGAGUUUUAACAGAGGAAAUCAAAGAGAAGAUAAGAGCAUUUCCUAUAAACCCGUUGGUGGUCGAUGGACAAAAUGAUAAGGAUCACAAACAGUUGGUGCUGACUCUGGAUUCUGAAAUAUCCCAGACGGUAUUGAACGUUAACGAAAUCACGGCGUCCAUUCCCAUAGCCGAGCCAAAAACAGUUCUUGAUUCCCCUGAGCCAUCAGAGAACACUAAGAAAAUGCAACCUGCAACAGCGUAUUUGCCGGUCCAGCCUCUUGAAAAAAAUGAUUCAAUGGAGGAGCAAGAGUUUUUGGAUGCAGAAGAAUCCCUGCCGGUAGAUGAGAGAGUGUCAUUGAUGGAACACGAUUCUAAAGGUGAGCAGCAGGUUACGCCGAAACCAGAUAUAGCUGAAAACGAAAUUAUUUGUGAGGAGAGUCCAAAGCACAAAGAAGCAAUAAUUGAAACUCCUAAAGAAGAACUCAUUGCGGAUCCUGAGGCGGAAAUCAAAGCUCCAGAAAUUCUAAUGAUGAGUGUAGAUGAGGAAAUAAAAGUUCCAGAUAGGGAAAAUUCGGUCGUUAUUUCAAGCCCGGACCCAUUUGUUGGCAUUAAUUGCUGUGGUGAGCAAAAGAAAGUUGUCGGCUUUAACAAUGAUACACAGGAGACUGACGUGGAAAAGAAACGAUUUCCCAAGACUCCGGGCCGCGAGAAAGCCCCAUAUUCCUUCACCUUUACCCCGAAGCCAUUGAAGACAGACGUAGACCAGAGGCGGAAUAGCUCCACGCCCUUACUGAAGGGCCAGGAGUCACAGUUGGCCCUCAGCAAGAUGGAGUUGCAGACACCGCCGCUUCAAAUAGACGCCAUUAAGCCAUUCGAUGAGCUGGAGAAAGAGAAGGAGCUAUCAUUGGUGCAGCCAGUGAAUAUGUCGCCAAAGAAAGCUGUGAGCGAAAUUCUCGCUCUCCUGAAUAGCGAUGAAGAGCUGGAACAAAUUGGGGCCAAAGAGGAAGAGGGCGAUGAGUGCGAGUUCAUUGGUAACGAAGCGGUGGAGGCGCCUGCUGAUUACCAGUCAGGAGACUCCAUGGACUCAUCGGAGCGUCAGGAGAUUGAGGAGAAUGAAAUUCACCACGACGGGGAAUCCGUGGGAAGCCAGGACACCGAAGACGAGUCUGCUUGCGAUACGGAUGAAUCUAAUGACUCCUUUGUCGUUUCCGACGACGAUGUGGAGGAGGAUUUGGACCCACUAUGCUACUCCACUAACGAGGAGGAUGAUGUGGAAUAUUUCGAGUCGAAGGACAAGAAGAAACGUCGCCGUAUUUUAGUGGCAGAGUCUAGUGACGAUGAAAACAAAUGUAAGGAGCAGAACAAGAGCAAAUUGGCAAAGUCCAAGGACCAGACGAAUUGUUCGUCCGAUGCCAGCAAACUGAGCGAGGCUGCCCAAAUGAUGAACGGCAGCGCAGAGAAGUCUUCGAACUCGGAAAGCGAACUGGAAAACUCGCGCAUCUUUGCGCUUAACGAAUUGAACAAGUCGGAGAGGUUCAACAAGACAGCCACGCGCCAGGACGCUAGCGUACUGGAGCUAGAUUCCACAGAUCAAGAGGAAGAGAAGGAGGAGGGCUUGACAGAGAAGAGAAAUAGGAGUGUCUUUGUGAUCGUGGACUCCGAGGACGAUAGGGGCCCCGCUGACGAAGACGCAGACGAAGUUGAAGAACAUGAAGCUGCUGCUGAAGCUAAGAGUGUGGAGGCAGAAGAGGAGGAAACUGUGGAAAAGUGCACCGGCUUUCAGACCCAAAAAUCCUCGAAAUCUGCGGAUGAGCUUACCUCCAGUUGUCUGCGUCACCUGGAUACAAUGUUCAACCCUCUCCAAAAGUCACGUCGACAGUCCUUGAUAUUGCCCAGUCAUGAAUUGACUGCCAGAGAGCCGAAGAUGAAGCGACGCAGUGACGUGGUUGGUAGUGACUUCUGUCCCUCACAAUCCUUCGUGGAAAUGAUUGCCGAACAGAAACGACUUAAAAACAAGCGCAAACGCCUCUCCAAGAGCUUUUCAGGCGCUGCCGAAGAUCUGGAGGAAAUGAGCGGAAUUUGUCAUGAACGAAAGCGCUUGAAAAGCUCGAAAGGGGACUCAACAGAGUCUUUGGACGAUGACGAUGACCCCAACGCAGAGGCGGGUCUCGUGGAACAUUCUGCUAAAAAGGAGACAUCUGAACCGGAUGCCUUUAAGGAAGAAGAAUUCGGGGAAGGACCGAUGCAGACUGAAACCAACCCAGAAUUAACCCCUGAUAAGGAGGAAAAGGUUACAAAAAAUGUUUCUUUGAAAAAAUCACCAGCAAAGAAGACGCCGUUAGAUAAUUCACAAUCCACAGAACAAUACAAGCCAACACGGGAGGCUGCAGAGGAUAAAACGAUUCCGUCUGUUAAACGAUCAGUAUCCAAGGGGAAGCCUGAAUCUUCCAGUGAGCUUAGGACUGCAGAAUAUUACCUAAAUUACUGCAACAACGUCCUACAGAAAGCCAAUGAAGCUUUCCUGAAGAAGAAAACAGAGGACAUUGCCGCAGGAAGAAAGCAAAAGAAGCAAAAGCGACCAGCUGUGUCACCGGCUGACAAAUCCGAACAAGCCAUAACACAGACGACGGGAAAACAAACUUCUAAGCCAGCCCUGGCCAUAUCUACAUUCCAGGCGUGGAAACAAGCUUCUAAGCCUGCCCCUCCGCCUAAGAAGGAUUUAAAGCGUCUGCAGGCAGCUCGCCAGGCGGUGGGGCAUGCUGUUAGCCUCCUGGCGCCGACCAAAAUCGCCGAUAAAGAGCCACGUUCUCUGGUACGUAAACUGUCACCGCAGCCGCCCCUACAGGCCAAGAAGGAAAGCAAAAAUAUAAAGAAACCCAAAAAGCAGAAGUUGGUAGAGACAUCGCCACUAAAGAGUUCCGAUGAGGAAAACCAUGUCGUGCGAGGCAAUCGUUUCCGCACGAAUGCCGGCUUUGUGACAGUGUCCAGGAUCGAUUCUCCACCAAGAGCACCGAUUAUUGAGCUAAUUAAAACCAGCUCGGGCAUAAUGCGUGUGGAGCCAGCCACACCGAAGCAGAAAUACUUUCGCGAGUCGCCGGUUACUCCGAGGAACCACGCAUUUCAAGAAGAGCCAGCUUCCUCUGGACACCCCAGGAAGCGAGCCAAACAAAAGGCGUUGAAGGCAACCGCAACUGGCAAACAAAAUCCAGCUAUGCAGUCUGCGUUGCGGUUCAAGGAACAGGCUUUUGCCCGCAAGUUUUAAGUCAAAAUGCAAGUGGAAACCUAGUAUUAAAAAAGAAACUAUAGUAUCAGGCCAGAA